GGAGUACAAACACUUUACGACAGAAAAGUAAACAACGAAUCACUUUAUGGCAACAAACAUGGCGUCUCACUUCAGCGGUGUGUUGCAGUUGACAGAUCUCGACGAUUUCAUCACACCGUCUCAGGAAUGUGUCAAACCUGUAAAGGUAGAGAAGAAAACGGGCAAAUCUGUGGCAAAAAUCCAGAUAGAAGACGACGGCAGUUAUGUCCAAAUCAACCAAGAGGGCCAUAAGCAGAAGCUACAGAAAGCCAAGAUCACACUGAAUGACUGUUUGGCCUGUAGCGGCUGUAUCACGUCUGCGGAGAGCGUCCUCAUCACGCAGCAAAGCCACGAGGAACUCUUCAAAGUGCUACGCAACAACAAGGUGAGCGAGAUGGAGAAGAAGAUCGUGGUGGUGUCCAUGUCACCUCAGUCCAGAGCCUCCCUCGCCGCAUUUUUUGGCCUCAGCAGCAGCGACGCGGGGAGGAGGCUCACCUCUUUCUUCAAAGGCCUCGGUGUUCACCAUGUGUUUGACACAAGCUUCAGUCGGACCUUCAGCCUGCUGGAGAGCCAGCGAGAGUUUGUGGAACGUUUCCAAAAGAAGGAGCAGGACAGCAAAGCCCUGCCUAUGUUGACAUCAGCAUGUCCAGGUUGGAUCUGCUAUGCAGAGAAAACACAUGGCGAGUUUGUUCUUCCUUACAUCAGCACCACUCGCUCCCCUCAGCAGAUGAUGGGCUCACUGGUCAAAGGAUAUUUUGCACAACAACAAGGUCUGAGUCCACAGCAGAUCUAUCAUGUGACGGUGAUGCCCUGCUUCGAUAAGAAACUGGAGGCUUCGAGGUCAGACUUCUACCUGAACAACGCCGAGAGCAGAGAAGUGGAUUGCGUCAUCACUUCUGGAGAAGUCCAGAGAAUGCUCGAGGAGGAACACGUGUCUCUUAGCGAUGUACAGGCCGCACCUUUAGAUACACUGUUCAGUAGCGUAAAAGACGAAGAGUUCCUAAGCCAUGCCGGGAGCGGAUCAGGCGGUUACCUCCAUCACGUCUUCACCUACGCAGCCAAGCAAAUAUUUGGAGAAGAGGUCAAGGAACUCACCUAUAAAACUCUAAGGAAUAAGGACUUCCAGGAGGUGAUGCUGGAGAAAGACGGCACAGUCGUGCUGAGUUUUGCUUCCACAUACGGCUUUCGCAACAUUCAGAACCUGGUGCAGAAACUCAAGAGGGGGAAGUCGUCGUACCACUUUGUGGAGGUCAUGGCCUGUCCCUCAGGAUGUCUAAACGGAGGCGGGCAGGUGAAACCCCCUCCAGGUCAGAACCCAAAAGAAUUCCUCCAGAAGGUUGAGGAGCUCUACAAAGCAGAACAAACCCAAGCGCCGGAGGAUGACUUGCACGUGUCCGAGCUGUACCAGUCGUGGCUGCAGAGCGUGGGCGAGGAGCGCGCCAAAGAGCUGCUGCACACGGGGUACCACACGGUGGAGAAGAUGACCAAUGGGCUCACUAUGAAAUGGUGAUGACAGCACAACCGUCCAGUUAUUUCUGAUUCCUUCCGUCGGUGGAAAAUAAACGAGAUGUUUGACAUCCUAACAUCCAUAUCAAUGCCAAUUUACAGUAAAUGAUGUAUAUUAUACGCUUAAAUGUAGAAAUAUUUAGUUAAUUUAAUAAACAUAUUUUGACCAAAUAAAAGAAACCAAAAAUGUUUGGUUGAUAUGAUUUUAUUGACGAAUGUCCAACAUUAACAUACCGGCAUCCUGCUCUAUAAAGCCUACAGGUAAAUGGAAAGUUUUAAGACUAUAUUACAGUAUUAGGACUGUAUAAGCAUGAAUUAUGUAUAUAAAUUAAACAUAAGCUUAUAUGCUGUCCAAAUUCCAGUUAUUUAUACAAUAUAAAUUUAUUAUGAGGAAUUUACUUAAGGAAAAGUGGCCUAGUGUGUUUGAUUUGUGCAUAACAGGCUUAUUAACCUGACCAUAGCUUUUGAAUAAUAUUAGUGGUUUUAUACUGGCCUUUUUUGUGCAGACAUUAUUAGAAUUAUUAGGUCCCACCAUUUAUUUGGAGCAUGGCUGGAAUUGGACCUCAGGGUCGAAGCAGCCCCCAUUCCAAAGCCAGCAAGGCAUGGUGAGGAAGUCUCUCCUUAGGCUUCUUGAAUUUGUCCUUCUCUUUCCGAAGGACCCUCAGCACCUCCACAGGGUCUGUCUUACCCGUGAACUUCUGCACCCUCUCCUCCCUGCAGAGACAAAAUGUCAGGAGCAUGUCGGACUCAAAAAGAGUCCAGAAAAUGGAUGGAUGGAUAGAAGGUUGAACGUACGUGAGACGAAGAAAAGGGUUGUAUUCAAACUCCUCCUGGAGGGUCGAUGGCACUGUGGGUUUGUCGUCGUCAUCUCUUGCCUACAGACAAAAUCAGUCAGGGCACUCGGUUACACAACACAAAAAUGAUGCUAUCGUCAUUUAUGGUAAUGGUAAUGGUUUUAUUUCAUUUGAACAUGCAUCAGAUUACAAUUGAAUGCAUCCCAUAAUCAGUUCACAGUUGCACAUGUCCAAAAGGAGUAGGAAGAAGCAAAGCUUAUUAAAUCCUACCCCUCCAUCUGGUACUUUUACAAUCAGUAACUGUUACAUUUGUUCACUUCCUGCUUUCCAUAAUACAGUUUAAGGUUGUUUUUUUUUUUUUUUUUUUUUAAAUAAUGUACCGAAGUACAAGGUGAUAUGACCAUCCAAUGACAUAAUGGGUACCAUAGUAAGUGUCAAUAUAGUGAUAUGUAUAGCACAUCAUGACUGGUUCAAGACUCUUCAUCCUUGUAUUUAGCAAACAUCAACU